AGCCGGAGAAUAUAUUUUUAAUGUUUUUUCCUAGAUGCAACUCCAACAUUUGGUAUUUAACCGUAUCAAACCAAAGAGAUAAAGGAAUCUAGACCUGAAGCAACAACACGUAUGAUUAUCUUCCGACAUUAGUCAGCGUCGAGUUCGAUACGAAAUCUCCCGCGCUCCGACGCUAUUACGCAAUUUUUCUCCCGCGCCAUCACCUCAACCGCGAAAUACCAAUCGUUCGGCUAGUGACGCAUGGGCACUACAACAGGCGGGAGAGUUUACAACAGAACCGAAGAAAAUAAAUAUAUGCAGUGUGACUCCGUCAUUCAAGCAGUAUAAGUAUAAGCCAUCACCCUAUUUUCGACGCCAACACCGAAACUUCCAUGCCGGUUCUUCUCAAACUUGUAAGUCUGCCAAGACAAUCAAAAAGCACCGGGAAAUUGCAGUAAAACGGAAUUUAAAAAUCGGGGUUGUAGGACGCAUUAAAAACACUCAAUGAAAUAUGUUUAAGUUACAUUUGACAAAAUUGCACUGAACGACUGCUAUUCUCAGGAAUACUUUUCACAUUGAACACUAUUUAUGCAAUUCAAAUUAUAUAUUUAUGAAAAAUACUUGCUUUCCACUCUGUUUAAAGUCAUAAAUACAUCUAUUCUUAUACAUCAUUUGUUAUUUUAUACUUGAAACAAAUUAAAAUGUAAAUAUAUAUCAGUAACCUGGUAAAUAUUUUUGUUUCGUAAUGCACCAGUUAUACUCCAUUGGGACAAAGUGAUGUGUUUGAACGUAAUUUAACACCUGUUGCUGAUAAUAGUAUUUUCAGUUGAUAAAUACAAACCUGCAAUUAACUGAUCUCUUCAUAUAAAUCAUUCUUAUAGUCCAGGAGAGAUGUUUACAACAAAAUUUUAGAAAACAUGCAAAUGCAAAUACAAAUACACCCUAUGAAUGUUUUGUAUCUUCAAGCAUUUGUUACUAAUUGUCUCAUAAAGCAUUUAAUUAUUUUAUUACAUUAUUAUUAUCGAAGUCAUUUUAACAAUUGUUUACAGUAUUAAAAAUGGAAAUUAACUUUGUCACUUCCAUUUCAAAUUCUUAAUUUGUCAUCCCUAUGGGUUGCUAUAACAAUAACUUACACAUCAUUGGAAGAAUCCUUUUGGCUUGAAAACACAGUAGUUUCCAAACCAGAUGAUCCUGAUUGACCACUGUUGUCGCUGCAUGAAGCUGAUGACAUUUCAUUGUAGCCUGAAUCUAUACUACUCAGCACCUCUGCAGUAACUGAAUAUUGGCCUUCUAUAACUUCGUGGACAUUCUUAAUUGGUGCAGAAUAAGUUCCGAAAUCAAGUUCCACAUUUGAAUUUGAUAGGUGUUGAGUCUGGUCGAGUUUUAUGCGUUUCGCGGGAGAAGAAUAUUCUUGUUCCCCAGAAACCAACGCCAUUUUCAACAGCUAUGACGUUUUCCGCAGGAAGUAGAUGGCGCUGGUGUGUCGUUAUUCUUGCUUGCUCUUUGGCAAGAGUCUUUGCACCUAUUCCACGACUUCUGCUGGUGCCUUUCUCGUAGAGUGUAUUCGUGCUGCUGGCAAAAUGAAGUACAGUGUGCAUAGGUUAGUGAGGUUAUAUUCGUUUAAUUUGUUUCAGAGCGAAGGAACGUUCACCAUCCGCACGCGGAAAUUCAUGACGAACCGGUUAUUAUGCCGGAAGCAAAUGGUUGUGGAUGUGUUACAUCCUGGUCAGCCUUCGGUUAAAAAAACCGAAAUAAGAGAGAAGUUGGCGAAACUAUACAAAGUAGCUAACGAUUUGAUAUUUGUAUUUGGGUUUCGUACAGCUUUUGGAGGUGGUAAGUCCACCGGAUUUGGUCUGAUUUACGACACUUUAAACCAUGCUAAAAAGUUUGAGCCGAAGCACAGGUUACAGAGGCAUGGAUUGUAUGAAAAGCAAAAAGCUACUCGCAAACAGCGCAAGGAGCGUAAGAACAGAAUGAAGAAGGUUCGGGGCACGAAGAAGGCUAAAGUGGGUGCUGCUUCUGGCAAGAAGGGUGGCAAAAAGUAAACUUUUGCCAUGGCUUUUUUAUGUUCUCAUUUGGGAAUUGGAAUGCUUUCAUGAAGGGGCAUCUUUCUCCUACAACUUGCCAUCGAGGGAUUCUGCUUUGGUUUCUUUUGGUUCAAGGUUUCUGAUUAAGUUCUUCAUUCCUAAUUUUCAUGUAUGCUUAUAAUUUUUCAUUUUUUCUGUUUUUUAUUUCUUCUGGGUUUGGGAAUAUCUUUUGUAUUGUUAAUAAUACAUUACUCUUUCAAUGCCUGAAGAUCCAUGGCUAAUUGUAUGUUUGUAAAUUUUGUGAAUUACAGUAAACAACUACUUCUCAAUGAAGGCAGCAAAGCAUUCAUCUUCAACAAAUGUAUCAUACUUUUUUUAGGAAAUAAAUUAUUUCCGAUUUGUGAAGUCUUUUUUAAUUGUGGCAUUUAGAAUUGAUAUGUAAUAAUGUGAAAAAA